AUGCCAGCUCAUCCCGAUGCCAAUCUCCACCCAGAGGCCACCGGUGCUGCCAAGGCAUUGGUCGAACAACACAGCGCAGAGCAACCCUUGAAGCUAUAUGCAGGGUGGUUCUGCCCAUUCGUCCAACGAGUCUGGCUCGCCCUAGAGGAGAAACAGAUUCCAUAUAAAUACAUCGAAGUCAACCCAUACAACAAACCGAAGUCACUUCUAUCUCUCAAUCCGCGCGGUCUCGUCCCGACACUGUCAUGCCCAACAGACCCAGAGCCUAAACCACUAUACGAGUCUACUGUGAUCCUGGAGUAUUUGGAAGAAGCUUACCCAAAUCAUAGCCCCAGCUUCCUCCCCAAGGAGCCAUACGAGCGUGCCCACGCCCGUAUCUGGAUUGACUAUGUCACCUCUCGAAUCAUCCCCGCGUACCACCGGUUCCUGCAAUACCAGCCCCCGGAGGGAGUCACCGAGAACGACGUGGGGUUAGAGCAGGCCCGACAGGACUUUCUCACCCACCUUAAAAUCUGGACACGGGAGAUGCAUCCGGAGGGUCCUUUCUUUCUGGGUUCGGAUCUUGCGCUGCCAGAUCUUGUGCUAGCGCCGUGGGCUGUGCGAUUGUGGGUGUUUGAUGAGUUUAAACAUGGAGUGGGCAUACCCUCAGAGGGAGCUGGUGGAGCCGAUGAAGAGGUCUGGAAGAGGUUUAGAAAGUGGCUUGGGGCGAUUGAGAGCAGAAAAAGCGUGAGAGAAACGAUCAGCGAGAGGGAACACUAUUUGCCUAUUUACAAGCGGUACGCGGAUAAUGUUGCUCAGAGCGAGAUGGCAAAGGCGACUCGGUCGGGACGCGGCGUUCCAUAA